GGUAUGGUACAUUCAGGUGUGUGACAACCUCAAAGCCAUCUCUGCCAUGAAGAUCCUCUGGGGUCUCCUUGUGCUCUGCACACUGAGCCAGUUCUGCAGCAGUUCAGAUGUCAACAGUAAGACUUUAACAACUGUUGACUGCAGCAUUUAUAAGAAAUACCCAGUGGUGGCCAUUCCUUGCCCCAUCACAUACCUACCAGUUUGUGGUUCUGACUACAUCACCUAUGGGAACGAAUGUCACUUGUGUACAGAGAGCUUGAAAAGUAAAGGAAAAAUCCAGCUUCUUCAUGAAGGACAGUGUUAACUUCUCCAUGGAUGUGUGUAGAAAGCCAUGAUAUUACAUCAUCUUCAUCAUUCCUGGGCUGUGACUAACUUGCUUUCAUCUCUGCUGAUGUUUUGAGUGGGGGCAGAGCCAGAUUUAGUAAUCACUAUUGAAUGAAGAAAGUCAUUGUGCUUUUCCCUACAAACUCAUGUCUCACUGGAAGAGACAUGCCUUAUUUUAUACCUCAAUAAAGAAUCUCUCCAGAAAAUUCA